UUUCCGGUUACGCGGCGCGGCACGUGCUAGCGGAGUGCUACUUAUAAAAUAAAUAGUGGUUUAUUGUGAUUAGAGUGAAUAAAUACAAUACUAUUUGAAGUGAACCGAAAAAAUGGUGGGGUCAAGAGUUUACGUCGGCGGUCUGCCGUUCGGUGUCAGAGACAGAGACUUGGAGAAGUUUUUCAAGGGAUUUGGGAGGAUCAGGGACAUACUUAUCAAAAAUGGAUAUGGUUUUGUGGAAUUUGAAGAUUACAGAGAUGCAGAUGAUGCAGUCUAUGAACUCAAUGGCAAGGAUUUACUAGGAGAAAGGGUGACGGUGGAGCGCGCGCGAGGCAUGCCGCGCGGCUCGGACCGCUGGCGCAGCCGCGACCAGCCGCCCGCCGCGCCGGCGCCGCGCCGCCCGCCGCCGCCCAACCAGGCCAAGCGACGGGACGCGUCUGUAUUACACACACGAAAGAACCAAGAUGACAAUUACAGAUAUGGGCCGCCAACGAGGACGGAGUAUCGGCUUGUCGUCGAAAAUCUGUCUAGCCGCAUUAGCUGGCAGGACCUGAAGGAUUACAUGCGUCAAGCGGGAGAAGUUACUUACGCUGACGCGCACAAGCAACACAGAAAUGAGGGCGUGGUGGAGUUCGCGACGCACUCUGACAUGCGCGCCGCCAUCGAGAAGCUGGACAACACCGAGUUGAAUGGGCGCCGCAUCAAGCUGGUGGAGGACCGGCGUUCCUCGCGACGCCGCACGCGCUCGUCGUCGAGCCGCAGUCGCAGCCGCUCGCGCGCGCGCCGCAGCCGAAGCCGCUCUAGGGCCGGCCGCAGCCGUUCGCGCUCCAAGUCCAAGGGCAAAAGCAAGAGCCCCGCUGCAAAGUCCCGUUCUAGAUCCCGUUCCAAGGACCGCAGCCGCUCGAAGUCCCGCUCGGGCUCGCCGCGCCGCGCCGGCCGCCGCUCCGGCUCGCGCGCCUCCGACCGCAAGUCCGAGGACCGCAACGGACACCGCUCCAAGUCCAGAUCGCCCGCCAAGUCCAAAAAAACUGAGGCGAAGCCAGCAAGGGAAAGAUCUCGAUCCCGCAGCAAGGAGGCGGGUUCUCCCAAGCGCGAAGAGCGCGAGGAGCGUCGCGUAAGCAAGUCUCGCUCUCGGUCCCGCUCUCGCUCCCGGUCAGCGUCGCGCGGCCGUUCCCGCUCCCGCGACCGCUCGGCGUCUCGCUCCCGCUCACGCUCGCGGUCGCCGCGCCAGAACGGCGACGCGCCCGACGACCGAUCUCCGCGCUCCGGCGAUUAGACAUACACAUAUUGCAAGAUCGGCUUUAGUGCUAUACUGACUUGAUUAUAUUGUGUUAUUAAGAUUUGAAAUAUCUAAACCACAUACAUAUUUGGCUUUUCUUAUGCCUAUAGC